AUGAUAUAUUGGCUACCCGCGAUACCACCAUCAGAGAGCUCAUUCUUCUUCUUCAGCACUCUCUACCAGAGCACCAACGCAAUCCUCGAGCAAUAUACGAGGUGUAUUUACGUCGAUAUGAAAUCCAUGUUUCAUAGAGAAAGGGAUUUAGGCCGUUUCAGUCUCUGUGUGAAGAACUAUAGCGACAAAUAUGACGACGCCGAUACACUCGAAGAUGCACGCAUCUUCCCAGGUGAUUAUCUCUCUGUACACCUCCAUUUGCCAGGUCAAGCUCAACGCAGACCGCCUCCUCCGCCUAAUAGCGGAUCUUUAACUGCUGGUCACAGUGGUGGUUAUGGUGGACAAUCUAUGCGUAGACCUUUAGAUAAUGGUUGGGCGAGUAGAAGGUAG